UCCAACCAGACAUGGAGGAAAUCGUUUGACACCCUCAGAACCUUUACAUAGCGUGAGGCUCGCUCGUUUUGCUCCAGUACACGACUCGACAAAUUUGGCCCUAUUUCUGCCCCUUGAAGCGUGAACAACGACGCUAAGAUGCGCCUUUUGACCGUAAUUUUUGCGCUGUGUUUACACUUGAUACCUGCAAAUAGCCGCCAUCUGCAAUUUCAACUUAGCGGCUUCGAAUGCUUCUACGAGGACCUGGUGGAAAACACGGAAUGCUCGCUGGAAUAUGCACCUAUCACCGGCGCCGAUCCUCGCAUAGACGUGUACAUCGAAGGACCCGACAGCGACGUUAUUUACAAAGAAGAAAAGAAGGACUAUGAUCUCCACAAAUUUAACGCUACCAUGAACGGAACGUACGCAAUCUGCUUCAGUAACGUUUUUGACUUCUCUAUUGGCGAAAAUCUUGUUUACUUCGAUCUAGUCAAAGGGAAUGAAGACGAAUUGGGCUAUGAUGGAGUCAGCGGAACACAAACAGCCUUGACUCUCUUCGAGAAGUCUUUCCUAAAUAUUCACGAAAAUAUGAACUUGAUCGAGAGAUAUCAAAAUUAUUACAGGUUACGAGAAGCAAACACCCGAAUGGCCGCCGAAUAUUUAAAGCAAAGAGUUCAGUGGUGGUCAGUAGGACAAUCAUUUGUCAUUGUUUCGGUUGGUAUUGCUCAAGUUUACGUACUACGUAGAUUUUUUACUGUUUCAAAAGAGGAUCUCUGAACAACAACAAAAAAUUAUCCGCUCUUGUAUUUGCAUCAUUGACAGAUGUUCUUUGUGUGCGUCGUUUGAUUAUUUCGCUCAUCUCCAGCUGACUUCACUCCAGCUGACCUUAAACACUUCACACAUUUAAAAUAUAAAAUCAAUAAAACAUUUUAAAAAAUUGGACUCUCUUACUCAGCAAUCGUAUCGAUAGA